AUGAAUCCCUUUGGCUGCAGGGAUUGUAACUAUUUUGAGAGCGGACUAGAACAAGACGAAAUCGUCGGCAGCCUCGGCGAAGGCACUUUUGGGAAAGUGGUGGAGUGCGUGGACCACGCCAGGGGCAAAUCACAGGUGGCACUGAAAAUCAUAAAGAACGUUGGGAAAUACCGAGAGGCUGCCAGGCUGGAAAUCAACGUCCUGAAGAAAAUCAAAGAGAAGGACAAGGAGAACAAGUUCCUGUGUGUCCUGAUGUCAGACUGGUUCAACUUCCACGGGCACAUGUGCAUCGCCUUCGAGCUGCUGGGCAAGAACACCUUCGAGUUCCUGAAGGAGAACAACUUCCAGCCCUACCCCCUGCCGCAGAUCCGGCACAUGGCCUACCAGCUGUGCCACGCCCUCAGAUUUCUACACGACAACCAGCUGACUCACACUGACCUCAAGCCAGAGAACAUCCUGUUUGUCAACUCGGAUUUUGACACGCUGUACAACGAGAACAAGGUUAAGGCUGCCCUUAAGUUCAGGGAUUUUCUGUGA